AUGUUGGCACCACGAGCACGUGGGACUCCCACCCCUGGUCCACCCCUGGCACUCAUGAGAGCAAUUAACCUGGUGCUGCCUGAGAUUGAGGUGCAUUUGACUGGCUCCAGCAUAGACAGCCAACCAGUUCUGAACCUCAGGAGUACCCUGGUGGACCCUGUUGUGGAGGUGGAGCUCAUGGGAAGAGGCUUCCUGAGGUGGCUGGAGGAGGAUAAUCCUGAACUGGACUAUGAUAGGAGUAUGGCUUGCACCAACCAGGCUGUCUACAGCUCCAAAGCUAAGAAUUUCCACAUAGAGGAUGGCUGGUUGGAUUCUGGGGUCCACAACUUUGACUUCCACUUCAGCUUUCCUCCAAGUAGUCCCUCCACAUUCACCAGAAAAACUAGCUGCAUCUCUUGCUUUAUUCAACGGACUUGCUGCAGCUGCAAAAUUGUCUUAGCUAAAGAGAUGUUUACUAUUGCAAGGAACUGCUGGUGA